ACAAGCUUUUUCCAAUUUAUACAAGAUGCUUAAGCCCGGAGGGGAAAUAUUUUUAAUAUUUUUCGAACGAUCGUCAGCUGACGAAAUAUACGAUUAUUUGUCGAAACAUCCUAAAUGGGGCAAAUAUGGACAUGAAAAAUUGAUAUCGCCGUUCCACUUCCAUGAAAAUCCUUUGGGCGAGUACGAAAAAGUCUUGAAAGAAUCCCAGUUCAGAGAUUACCACUUUGAAGUAGAAAACUGGAAUUAUACUUUCCCUAGUGAGCAGGCCUUCGAAGAUAUGUUUUUCAGCAUCAAUCCAGUCAUAAAUGAAAUUCCUGAAGAAGAUGUUGAAGAAUAUAAAAGCCUUUAUAUAGGAAAAAUGAAAAAUAAUAACCUCAACUGGGUCACUGAAUGUGAAAAUACCGGAAAAAAAGUUUUUAAUUCUUACUUGAAAUUGUUCAUAUUAGUGGCAAAAAAACCUGAUGUAUUGUGAAAUAAAGAUAUAUUUUCAAUUUAAAACAAAAAUUGGAUGGAU